AUGGGCGGCAAGAAACGGGUCAGCAACCAGAGUGCGCGUGUGAACGACGAGAGACCCGUCAGGAGAAAAUCCUCCGGAAGCCUCGAGACAUCGCCCCAGCCUCCGCCUGAUGUGUCAAAGGCUUUUGUGCUGUUCCCCCCGCUCCAACGCGCGGUCGAGGUCUUCGAAAGCUGGUGGGAGGAACACCAGGAUGUGGAGGGCAUUAUGAAGGCCCUCUGGCCCGACCCCGAUUCCCAGAAGGCAUGGGUGAUGAAGCUUGACCAGCUCUUCCCUCCUGAAGACGGUGUGCAGUAUCUGCAGGCCCAGUGGGGAGAUCAUGGGCCCAAGUUCUUGAGACCGUGGCACUGGGGAUGGACCAAAGCGUGUGGCAACAAGGGCACAGUCACCAAGGAGAACUUCUUGUACUUGCUGAAAUCUGUGAUGGUGAAAGGAAUGGUCACAGACUCAUUGCAGGCAGGCAUUGAGCUUCCCCUCAUCAUGCCUGCUCGAGCUACCUUCAAAGACGACUUCUGCAGCACGGUGACUGUGAACGAAGACCUGGCCCCGGCCUUCUCGGUCCAUGAGAUCAAAGGAUGGAGCCGGGCGACUGCAAUGUACCUUGCAGUUGCUGCCGCUGAGAAAGCCGGCAUCUUGGACGACUACAUUGGCUUCCUCACGUCAAUGGGGGGCCUUUUCGCCUUUCAGACGCAGGUGGCGAACUACAUGAACAUCCCUGAGGGGAAGGAUGAGAUCGACAUCAACCGCGAUGUCACCCUGGUGUCGGUGAUGAGCAGAUCGAAGCCGAAUUGCUUUACGUAUGUGCACCAGAUCGACAAGCGGGUCCAACUCUACGAUUAUGACCCGAGACAGCAGCUGGCCACAUUCAAAGAAGCUGCUACGCAAUUCAACUUGUCAAGAGGAGAGUCCGAUGCGGUGGAGAACUUGCUGCUACAUAUCUCCCCAGCGAGCCGAGAGAUGCUGACCAAAAUGUCGUCAACUUUUGGCAUGGUGAGAGGCCCGAUCACGCACUCGGGCAUCGCUUCGAGAGCACUGCGAAACAACUUUCACCGUGAGUCGGGCAUCGACUUCUACCAAGACAAGCUGGGCAACGCUGAGGGGACUGUGGAACUCAUGCUCUCCCGGGUGCACAAGGACUAUAUCAACACGGCCGUUGGAAUGCGAGCGUCUGCUGGCGAUGACAGGAUUCAGCAGCUGCAGAAGAUCUGUCGAAUGUUCCAGUUGUUCUUGGAGCUCUUGGAGACAAAGCUUUCGGAAGAGGCGAGCUGUCACUUAGUCUUCAGGGCCGAGCGCCCCAACCUGGUGGAGUCCUUCAUGGCCGGCAGCUUCGACGAUGAGCUGCUCGAACAAGCAGAGAAACUCCCUGUCCCUCUCGACUGCGCCGCCCUCGCGGAGUUCCGACACUUGACGCAACGUGCGGCGAACCAGCUCAGGAGCGAGGAGCUCAGAAAGAAGAAAGAGCUUCAGGUGCAGGUCGACAAGGCCUCGAUUGAGAGCCUCACGGAGCAAAUGACGCAGGACGUCGAGGCCUUGAAGGUGUAUGACAAAGGUCUUGCCGAAGCGAAAGAGCUGUGGGGUGAUAUGGUGCAAUCAUACAAAAGGAAUCGUCGGAACAAGGGCUUGGCAAGAGUCGAGGACAUCAUGAACACACGCCUGAGCGUGCAGAUUUUAGAGGUGGGCCCGAAUGGUGGGUUCAAGUCCAUCCCCCGGCACUAUGGCCUCUUCAAGAAUGGUGCGGCCAAGGACAUGGACAUCAAGGACAUCGUCGAUGCCGACACGGAGACGAUCUGCAUCAUCGACCUCGCUUUCAAAACCCUUCCGCUCCCCAGUGUUCAAGAGAUGAUCAAGGCUGCCAGUGACAUUUGCCACCAGUCGUGCCAAAACUGUCUUUUGAUCAGAUUGCCAACAAAGACCAAAGCAACCACGAUGACAGCGCACCUCAACUUGACAAGGAAAAUCGAAGACGCUUUGCUAGCAAACUCCUUAAACCCAGAGUAUCACAUGACAGCGGUCUUCGAUGUCACGACGCUGCACGGGGGUGACUCACGAGAAGGAGUUGCGAGGUUUCGUCUGUGUCUGUCGGAGAACUUUGAAGGAUCGCCGUGGCUGACACACCUGGUGAGCAAGAACCAUUGGACGGUGGAAAAGGUGCCGCUCGUCUCUUACAAGGAUAUGAGGCUUGUGCCUCACGCGGAUGCGCAAGAGCAGUGCGACGUCAUUGGGGUGAUUGUCGUCGACCCAACACCCGGGUAUGGCGAUGUCAUCGAUGCGGUGUGGGCCCUGAACCAAGCCUGGGAGAAAGGAGCCGACAUGCCUUUGUUCGUCGGCAUCAACUUCUACUGGCCCGGCAACGACUCCGAAAAAUCCAAGGCUGCAGGCAUGACUUCGUAUGUCAAAGGCCUUUUGAUGAGGACCUGGUGGGAAACCUGUCAGGAGGCAGGGGACGCCGAACCCAGGCGAACAGAUGCAACGACCGUACACCGGCCAACCUUACAGGUCCUGACGUGGGACGGCAUGAAGGCAGUCGUUCCCGACAUGGUGAAAGAGAGGUUCAGAGAUGCGGAGGAUGACGUGCGCAGCGAGUGGACGGUCUUGUGCAAGACAGUUCAGGACAGCACUGCAUCUAAGCUUAUUAUAAGGUUUGCAAUCAUACAGCCCCUGCAGCUUAAUGUGCUUAGUGUGUGA